ACCGGAAUGUCGGAUGAGGAUUCUCGUGCCAGCACCAGCUCUUCGUCGUCGCCGCCGUCGUCCAGCCAAAGCAGACAGAAGGACACGUCUUGCAAGAAGAAGCGUGAGAGCAAAGCCAGCAUGAGCAAGACCUCCAAGCUGCUUUCCACCAGCGCCAAAAGGAUUCAGAAAGAGCUGGCUGACAUCACACUGGACCCUCCACCAAACUGCAGUGCGGGCCCCAAAGGAGACAACAUCUAUGAGUGGAGGUCCACCAUCUUGGGACCGCCGGGCUCCGUGUACGAGGGCGGCGUCUUUUUCCUGGACAUCGCCUUCACGCCCGACUACCCCUUCAAACCCCCCAAGGUGACUUUCCGCACUCGGAUCUACCACUGCAACAUCAACAGCCAGGGUGUGAUCUGUCUGGACAUCCUGAAGGACAACUGGAGCCCCGCCCUCACCAUCUCCAAGGUGCUGCUGUCCAUCUGCUCCCUGCUCACAGACUGCAACCCAGCCGACCCUCUGGUGGGAAGCAUCGCCACCCAGUACACGACUAACAGAGCCGAACAUGACCGAACAGCCAAACAGUGGACCAAGCGAUACGCCACAUAA